AAAAAAAAUUUUGCAAUUCGCUCCUUCUGCCUUAUACAUUUUGAACCCCACAUUUGAGUCCCAAAUUUUGGUCCCACAUUUGAGCUCCAAAUUUGAGCCAUACAUUUUAGCCCUACAUUAUUAUGCUGACGACAAAGAAGUGGUCAACCAUGCUGAUGCAUGUAGCCAUCAUGCUCAUGCUGCUGGAUCAGCACGCUCAAGGUUCAGAGCGGCACCCCCGGCAGAGCAGCAACGCCACCACCACAGAGCAGCUCUGCAGAGGCCGCGACUCUGAGGAGUACUUCAGACUCUCUGCCGGCGACGACUGCAGAGACGUUGUUAGAUGUGACCGCAGUGGACGCUCUGGCCCCAGCCGCCUGGCCGCAGUGCGGUGCCCCAACGGCCUCGCCUUCGACGUCGACAGACAAGUCUGUGACUGGAAGACCAAAGUCCGCAACUGCGACAGACUUGAGAGACCGCGGAAGAUUAAGCCGCUGCUGGUGACGGAGGAGCCGCUGUGCUCGGGGACGGACCUGGCGUGCGGCAGCGGCGUGUGUGUCGCCAAGGAGCUCUUCUGUGAUGGCAAACCUGACUGUGAUGACGGUUCCGACGAGAACACGUGUGGUGUGGAAGAAGAUCCAAACCGAGCCCAGGUGUGCGACAAAAGUCAAUGCGUUUUGCCAGAAUGUUUCUGUUCCGUGGACGGCACUAGAAUUCCUGGUGAUAUCAACCCAAAACAAACACCGCAAAUGAUCACCAUCACAUUUUCAGGAGCAAUCAACCUUGAUAAUGUGGAUUUGUACGAUGACAUCUUCAACGGGGAAAGAAAGAAUCCCAACGGUUGUCAAGUGAAAGCAACGUUCUUCACGUCGCACAAGUACACCAAUUACUCCGCAGUUCAAGAACUACACAGGAAAGGCCAUGAGAUCGCUGUGUUCUCGAUCUCGAACAAAGAAAGUCGAGACUAUUGGUCCCAUGGAACAUACGACGACUGGCUUGCUGAAAUGGCUGGGGCCAGACUCAUCGUCGAACGUUUCGCCAAUAUCACAGAUAAUUCCAUCGUCGGGUUACGAGCGCCCUACCUCAGGGUUGGAGGAAACGCUCAGUUCGACAUGAUGAACGAUCAGUUCUUCUUCUACGACGCUUCGAUUACAGCGCCAUUGGGGAAACUUCCGCUAUGGCCGUACACAUUGUACUUCAGGAUGCCUCACAAAUGUCACGGGAACGGCCAAAAUUGUCCAUCACGCUCCCACCCCGUCUGGGAAAUGGUCAUGAACGAAAUGGACAGAAGAGACGACCCAGAGUUUGACGAAGGACUAUCUGGGUGUCAUUACGUCGACUCCUGCACCAACAUCCGGACUCCAAAGCAAUUUGCCCAUUUCCUCGAGCACAACUUCAGACGACACUACAACACAAACCGUGCACCACUCGGCUUGCAUUUCCACGCUUCUUGGCUAAAAGGAAACAAAAAUUUUAAAAAGGAACUCAUCAAUUUCAUUCAGUCAAAAUCGGGCAACCCUGACGUGUAUUUCGUGACCAUGCUUCAAGUGAUUCAAUGGAUGCAAGCACCGACCGAAGUGGCAGGACUUCGCGAUUUCCCAGAAUGGAAGGAGAAAUGCGACGUGCAAGGUCUGCCAUUUUGCUCAUUACCAAACACUUGCCCGGUGAGGACACGAGAGAUUCCUGACGAGACUUUGAGUUUGUUCACCUGCAUGGACUGCCCCCGCAACUACCCCUGGCUGCUCGACCCUACCGGGGAUGGCGUGGAAAUUAUAUAAUCAUCAUAGUCUUUGUAAACUGUUGAUAAUUUUUUUAAUUUACCCAAUUUAUUUGAAAAUAUAGUAUUUCUUUACAAAGUACCGUACGCAACUAUUAAUCUCAUGAUUCACUGGUAAUGUGUCGAGCCAAUUAUAAUCACCUUAAUAAUAUAAUAUAUGUAGAAGUCAUGGAUAUAAAACCUAAAUUUUUUACA